AUGUCACAGUUCAGUUCCUCUAUCUCUUCAAAGAUCACAAAGCUUCAGGAUGACUUAGCCAUGGAGAGAAAAAUCAUGGAUGCACUUGCUGUAAAGACUAUGAAGGUCAAAGUCUUGACAGUCAAGUUAGAAAAUUCUGAAAAACGAGUCAAUGAUCUAUUAUCUAAGAGACCAGCUAUGAUAAGUUGUAUCACAGAUGUCAAUGGGUUGCUUUCAGAUAUUACUGAGACUCGUGACUCCAUGAUCAUAAUAACGAUCUGUAAGCAUCUUUCAAAAACACUCAGGCCUAUCUUUUCUAUGCUCAAUCUCCUGGAGAGUGUUCCGGAAUUUGGCUCAAUUCUGAAACAAGGGGAGAAGAAAGGAAACAAUCUAAAAAGGAAAACCCUAAGCGUUCUGAAAAAUCCACUAUCAAGCUCAAAAGUGAAACCAAACUAA